AUGCCCGGCGGGGGUUGGGUGGCAGCGACCAGAUGUCCUGACAGUGGGCCCCGGGCCACCAGGAUGCCGACAGACGACGACUAUGGCCGAAGAGAUCGUCUCCUGUUGCACCAGCACCCGAUCGCGCAGUACGGGUCCUCGUCAUCCCCGCUUCCCGGAUCGAGCGCGCCGAAUUCCGGCGGCGUGGGGACCCAGAUUGGUUCCAGCAAUCCCAGUGAUUGCUUUAAGCAGCAAGCACAGCAAUCGUCCGACUUGCGUUCGGUCACGAGUACAGCAAGUCAGUCGGGUCAAGAGCGUCACCAGUCGGACCAGCAGACCCAAAGCAGCGAGCAUGUCGGGACCCGAAUGGUUGAUCGGCACGAGAAAUCCGCGGAGAAGUCUACGAUCGACUUCUCCAAGUGCGGAGAGGGCCGUCCGUCGAAUUGCGAGCGCUUUGGGCAUUAUCAGGCCCAAAGCGGCGAGCAUGUGGGGGGGCGAAUGGGGAUUGAGCGGCAUGAGAAGGCCGUGGACAAGUCUUGCAUCGAUUACUCGAAGUGCGGAGAGGAUCGCCAGCCGAGUUGCGAGCGUUUCGGACAUUAUCAGGCCCAAAGCGGCGAGCACGUGGGGAGUCGGUUGGGGGCCGAGCGGCACGAGAAAUCGUCCGACAAGUCAUCGGUCGAUUUCACCAAGUGCACCGCUGACGGUCGACAGUCGAGUUGCGAGCGUUUCGGGCAUUAUCAGACUUCGUCGUACGGUCAGUCCUCGUUGCAGGGGCACUACGGCGGCGCGCACGCCGGCGCUGAUCGUUUCGCGCGAUUCAACGACCUCAGCGCGUUGCACGGCGAGCAACGGGCCCCGAACGAUCGUUACUCGGUCUGCAACCCGGAGCUACGCUUCGACACGACCGGCACGAGCGGGUCCGGCGAGUACGCGAACGCGAACGCGCUCGCGGGCUCUUUCGCUUCGGAGACGUUCCCAUCGCCGCCGUCGCCAGCACCGGCGAACGACCGCUUCGUCCCACCACCGCCAUUGUCGCCCAGUCCGAGCGAGAAGUACGCCUCGAGCCAGAGUCUGGCUGGUUACCCUUCUGCUGAUCGCAUUUUGCCCCCCAAUUCUCCGGGGCCCAAGUACGGCGCCGAUGGUGCCGCUGCAGCAUCGUCGAUGCCCGCCAAGGAGCGCUUUGCCUCCGCCGAACGGCUGCUGGCCAAUCAGCAGUCAGCCACAGGCGACGCUAAGGAUCAACAACGCUACUCUGGAACACCUGAUCGCCUGCUCUCGGGAUCCUCUCCGGUCCUGGGCGGACUUCAGGCUGGACUUCAAACGGGGCUCCAGGGCAGCGCGGUCUACGCCAAAGAUACCCGCUACGCCGCCAUUUCCGCGGACAGGAUAUUAUCCGCCUCGCCGAUACACGCUCCGGUGCCUGAAAGAUUCGUUGGGAAGUCGGAAAGGUAUUUGGGCGAGUCGCCCAUUCACGAUAGGUAUCCACGACAGGAUCCACCAGCGACAGCACAUCAUGAGCGGUAUUCGACGAUGGCGGCGGCCACCGAGAGGUUCCUCUCGAAUUCGCCUAAUCCUGAGAGCACGCAUCAGCGUUAUUCAUCGUCAGACCGCUCGUCACUUCAAACUUCCUCUAGUAGUACCGAGCAAAAUCGACGUCUCUACACCGACAGAGGGGUCGAGACGGUUUGCCAGAAGUAUACCGAUCGGGCCAUCGGCUCGCCAGCGUCCGCCGACUUCGGUCGGUACUCCGGUUUCCCGGAGGUCGGCAGUCAGACGCGAUACGUGUCCAGCAACGACCGUUUCAACGACCUCGCUCUACAGCGUUGUAGUCAAUCGCGGUCGAUCGACAGGUUCUCCAGCGAUCGAUACUUGGCCGGAUCGUCGCCGGCGCACGACGGUAGGCUGUCCAGUGCCGAGACGCCGCGCUACAUCGUCUCCUCCACCGAACGUCUGCUGGCGCCGACAUCCUCUUCGUCGUCCUCCUCAUCAGAGACUGGCUCCAGAUAUCACUCGCCCUACACAACGACUACCGGCACCCAAUCAUCGGCCUCCAAUGAGCGCUUUGCGUCAAUCUCGCCGACGUCCGAAGCGUCGUCGAACGUUCACCGCGGCAUUGGUAACGGCGGCUAUCAGAACACGAAGAGCACCGUUGACAAGUAUCUGGUCUCGAAGUCAGUUCAGAGCAGCUACGAUCGCUACUCGGUCGGCAGUCAGAACGACCAGUUCAGCCAAGACCGAUACUUCACCUCCGGCGGUAAUGGCGACCGAUUUCAGACUACUUCCGGAGCUGACCGCUUUCACGCUCCUUCUGAUCGCUAUUCGCCGGCACGCAGCGUCGCCGAUAAAUACCUGUCCCUGCCGAAGCCUAAGGACAGGUAUACCGGUCGCAUAACACCCAUCUCUUGCGCCACCGCCGUCGCGACGUCCACCGAUCGCACCUACGGCUCGUCCAACGUGAGCUACGUGCCCCCAACUGCGCACACCCCAGUAGAACGAUAUGUGCCCCAGCCGCCUCCCGAAGUGCUCUAUCCAGAUAGGUACGUGGAUAGGUAUGUGCCGCCCGGGGCGCACACGCCGACCGAUCGAUACGUGCCUACAAGCGAUCCAGGUGAUCCAUACAUGCGUCGCGACCUUGGCUUUCAUCACCACUACCGGCUACCGCCGCCCGCCGGUUAUCCGUACCAGUCGCACUUCCGGUUCCGCGGGUUCGCGUACGCUACGUCCGGUCGGCUGGGCGGGAGUCCUGGGUCCAGCAGCUCCAGCAGCACGACGUCCAAUCAGCGCGAGACGUUCGCCACGUCGCCGUUGCUCAGGCCCAAAGUGCGUGCUUCCGCGGUCGAAUUUGGCGCGACUACAGGCACUGCCGCCGCCUGUUGCGGAGACGUGUCCGCCAACGGCAGAGCCUGCUGCCAGAUGAGGAGGUCCCUGCCACCUGGCACACUACCGGCGAUACCCACACAGACUUCGUCAUGGCAACCAUCGCCGAGUUCCGGUACGACCGGCACCUCGACGGUAUCGUCGACGACCGGGGAUGGGGACGCGGCUCAGAGCAUCGGAAUGUACCCGGUGGGCGCCGCGACAUCGUCAGCCGCGACGACGGCGACGCCGGUGACGACGGCGUCGGCGACCGUGCCGCUGGCCACCUCCGGCGCCGCCGCCGGAAGUGCCGGCAUCGCCAGGAGCGUUUCCGCGCCGAGCGCGCCGCGACCGGUCGUCCAGGUCAGCAGCUCCUCGGCGAGCGCCUCGGCAGCGCAACGGCCAAGGCUAAGGAGAAAUCAGAGCCGCACCGAGGCCAUCCGGAAUUAUAUUAAACGCGAGACAGCGCAGUUCUUCGGGGUCGACGAGGAAUCGGAGGCCUCGGAGAAGCAGAGAUGGCUGGACCGACGGCGACGCAUGGCGUCGAGGAAGUACGGCGCACUGGUACCGGAACACAGGCCGCCGGAUCCGGACAUCACCCGGGACGUACCGGACACGACCGAGACACCGGAAGGUGUCAUUCUCAGACGAUGGCAGCAACCAGUACGGCGGAAAGAUUCUGUAGCGAGGAUGACGCUGUCGGGUCUUCAUUACAUCGUCGAGUCACUGUCGAGGCAGCGUCCUCGUGAGCGCUCGCAAUCACGCCCGGAGUCGCGCAGCUUCCCGCCGAGCACGAUCACGUAUAUAUCGAGAGCGGAACGUUUUACUCGAGGGCCCGAGAGCAGCCAGGAUGAAGAUGAGGCCUUCUUUGAGAGGCCUCCACCGCCACCGCCGCCCCUUCCGUCCGCGCCGUCAUCUCAACAGCCGCAGACGCAAAUCGAUCAGGCCUCCAGCGCAUUGGUCAAGGACGAAGAGGUCGGCGUUAAAAUAGCGGAUAUUCUCAACAGUGCGCAGGAUCGCGAGGGGAUUAGUACCGAGGAGUUAGUCGGAUUUGCAACACAGCAAAAGGAUGAUAGAACGACGAUCGACGGACAAGUCAGACGACCCCGUUCGCUCACGAGGGACCACUAUAUUUCCAGAAAAACAAGUUGGAGCAGGUCGAAGUACGACGCGCCUCCGGUGGAGAGUACGAGGGUGCCACAAGAGGAGGGAGUGACUCUCCGCGGCCGGGAGAUAGCCGGGGCCACGAGGAUCUCCCGUAGCACGAUCGAUCGUGUCUUCGACAACAGCAAUCGGCGGCGAUACGGGAUGGGCAUUGUCGGUCGCUUCUUCGGGCGAUCUUUUCGGAAAAGCGUCGCGCACAAACCGGACAUAAAGAAGCAGUUGGACAAUUUCGAGGAUCACCGACCGUAUUUCACGUACUGGAUCACUACUGUGCAAGUAUUGAUUUUGAUAAUAUCGCUGGCGUGUUACGGAUUUGGUCCCGUCGGGAUGGAUCUUACUCAUCGAUCUGGAUUGGUUCUCGUAACAAGUCUGUCGUUACAACAAGUCGACUAUCAGGAACCCGCGAACUUCUGGCUGGGCCCUAGGGCCGCUGAUCUGAUCCACCUUGGCGCCAAGUUCGCACCGUGUAUGCGUCGGGACAUCAAGAUCCUGAAGGAGAUCGACGUGUGGCGGGAAAGAGAGCGGGAUACCGCAUGCUGCAUCAGGAAUGACGAUUCUGGCUGCGUACAGUCCAGCAAAGCAGAUUGUUCUAAUACAAUAUCGACCUGGAAGAAAUGGGGAUCAUCUGGGGAGAGCGGGCCUGGCGGCCGCAUCAGUGGGUCAGUUUGCGGAUUAGAUCCGAAGUUCUGCGACGCCCCGGCGAGCAUCGCGCCUUACGAAUGGCCGGACGACAUCACCAAGUGGCCAAUCUGCCGGAAAACCAAUCCCUUUAGCCAACGCUUUAGCAAAAACGGGGGUCAACGGGGCAACGCCAACUUUCCCAUCGGCCGUUAUAAGGACAAGAUGGCGGAGCAUAUGGUGUGCGAGGUAAUUGGCCACCCGUGUUGCAUCGGAAUUCACGGGAUGUGCCGGAUCACCACGAAGGAAUACUGCGAUUUCGUUCACGGUUACUUUCACGAGGAAGCGUCCCUGUGCUCCCAGGUGGAGUGUUUGCACGAUGUCUGCGGAAUGAUACCGUUCCUACAUCCAGAAUGGCCGGACCAGUUCUACAGACUCUUCACCACCAUCUUUCUUCAUGCCGGAAUCGUCCAUUUGAUAAUUACGUUGCUGAUCCAAUAUUUUCUGAUGAGAGAUUUGGAAAAACUGACUGGCUCGUUGCGCAUCGCUUUGAUCUACUUUAUUGGUGCUCUUGCUGGGAAUUUGGCCAGCGCAAUUUUUGUCCCUUACAGGGCAGAAGUUGGUCCAGCUGGCGCACAUUUCGCUCUGCUUGCCACGCUAGUGGUCGAAGUGCUGCAUUGCUGGCCGAUGCUGAAGCAUCCGCGUCGCGCACUGUCCAAGCUGAUCCUGAUCUUGCUGGGGCUGCUGACGCUGGGUAUCCUGCCGUGGAUAGACAACUAUGCACAUCUGUUCGGCUUCAUCUUCGGCUUCUUGGCGGCCUACGCGCUAAUGCCGUUUAUCUCGUUCGGCCAUUACGACCGUAGGCGGAAGAUCCUGCUGAUCUGGGCCUGCCUGAUCCUAAUUGUGGGCCUAUUCGCCCUGCUGCUCGCCCUCUUUUACAACGUGCCGGUGUACGAGUGUGAGGUGUGCAAACUGUUCAAUUGCGUGCCGUUCACCCGCGACUUUUGCGCCUCCCAGAACAUCAAUUUCAAGCGGGAGGAGCCGGUAUGACACACGGGGCCGCGGUUCACAGUCGAGCGCGAAAUUGUUCCGCUCGGCCCCCGACCUCACGCUCCUCAUCGCGCGCAUCACUACAAUGUUACGCCAUUACCGUUCGCCGCGCUCGUCCUGACGACGCUCCUCGUAGACUCCCAAAGACGCGACUGAAGCCGCAAGAUCGGUCAGCUAAAUAAAAAGAAAAAAGACUUUUUGAAGGAUAACCACAGCUCGAAAUCUUCGAAAUCGUCGAAAGCCUUAACUGUACGAAGUUGAAGAAAGUUUUCAGAAAAACAAUCAGAAGAGAAAUUUGUUGGAUCUCUAAAGAAAUAUUGAAAAAAGGAUACACACGAUUUCUUAAUUCUUUGAGGAAAUGCAAAAUUUUUGAGGAAGCUAAAUAUACAAUAAAAUUUUUUUUAAUUCUUGAAGAAGUUGGAGGAAGAUCAGUAAAUAUUUCGCCCCGUUUUAGCUAGAAGAAAUAUAAAAAAAGUUGUUUCUUCAGUUUAUAAAAAGAUUAAAAGAAGAACACAAAUAAAUAUUUUUCUUCAUUGUAGCUACAAAAAAAAAAUGAAAUCUCAUUAUAGGAAAGAAAUAUAGAAUUUCUGAACAAGUUAAAAAAGAUAGAUAAGAAUGAUUUCUCCUCGAUAAAACCGAAGGAAGAAUGAAAAUAAACGUUUCUUUGGCCCUCAAUCGAUACUUGAUGAUCUCAUCGAGCUUCGAGGAUCAUCAGAUUUGCGUUGUCCUAGUUGCAAGAUUGCGGAAAGCAAACUUUAAAAACAAUCCU